GACAUUCAUUACCAAAUUACUUCACAUGGCUGAUGAGAAAGGGAUGAAAUUUUCUGAGCCAGUUGCUGCAUUUGGUGUACGGACACCCUGUCCUGAGCAAGAUUUUACAAGGCUUAAGCAGGAAUACUCAAACCUACAAUUGGUAUUAGUUAUCUUAGGAAGAGGAGGUGAUCUUUAUGCUCGUAUCAAGAGGACAGGGGACACUGAAGUUGGUAUAUUGAGCCAGUGUGUUCAAGCAACAAAUGUGACUGCAAUUAAACCACAGACACUUGGAAACAUUCUCCUGAAGAUCAAUGCAAAGAUGGGUGGUAUUAACAAUGUUCUUUCAAGAACUGGAAUGCCUAUGAUAUUAGAAAGACCUGUUAUGAUUAUGGGUGCAGAUGUAAAUCAUCCAUCAGCUGGAGAUGGAGAAUCCCCGUCCAUGGCUGCAGUUGUUGCCUCAUAUGAUAGGUUUGCCUCCAAAUUUUCUGUAGAAGUGAGACCUCAGCCACAUCGUGUGGAAAUAAUUCAAGAUCUAAAGGAAAUGACCAAAAACUUGUUAAGGUCAUUCUUCAUUUACACAAAAGGACAUAAGCCCGAAAGAAUUGUUAUGUAUCGUGAUGGAGUUAGUGAGUCUCAGUUUCAAGAAGUAUUGUCAUAUGAGCUGAAAGCUAUGCGAACAGCUUGUACUGAAACAGAAGUUGACUACACACCUGGCAUCACUUUCUUAGUGGUUCAAAAGCGGCAUCAUACAAG